GGGGCGGAAGCGUCGAAGCGUCGGCGGCUGAUGGCAUCAUGGGAGCGACGACGCGGAAGUCGCGGCAGCAGCUGGUGCAGGAGGAGCAGGUGGCGGCGGCGGCGAUUAUACUCUCAGGGAUGACUCAGCUGGGUGCCAUAGCAGCUCUAGCUGCCAGCCUGGUGGCAGCUGCUCUUUUUUCUGCAAUACACAAGAUCGAAGAAGGGCACAUUGGUGUUUAUUACAGGGGAGGAGCCCUGCUGACAUCCACCAGUGGCCCUGGCUUCCACCUAAUGCUCCCUUUCAUAACCUCCUACAAAUCAGUACAGACAACAUUGCAAACAGAUGAAGUAAAAAAUGUUCCAUGUGGCACAAGUGGAGGAGUGAUGAUCUAUUUUGACCGAAUUGAGGUUGUGAACUUCCUAAUCCAAAGUGCCGAUUUACGCCCCACUUUUCAAUCAAAUGAGUUUCAAGGCGGCUUGCAACAAACAGUAUAUGACAUAGUGAAGAACUUCACUGCAGAUUAUGACAAGGCUCUCAUCUUCAACAAGAUCCACCAUGAGCUCAACCAGUUCUGCAGUGUCCACACUCUCCAGGAAGUUUACAUUGAAUUAUUUGAUCAGAUUGAUGAAAACCUGAAACUGGCUCUCCAGCAAGACCUGACAUCCAUGGCACCAGGACUCAUCAUACAGGCAGUUCGAGUCACAAAGCCAAACAUCCCAGAGACAAUUCGGAGGAAUUACGAACUCAUGGAGAGCGAGAAGACAAAGCUGUUGAUUGCAGCUCAGAAGCAGAAGGUGGUGGAGAAGGAAGCUGAGACGGAACGCAAGAAGGCUCUUAUUGAGGCAGAAAAAAUAGCCCAGGUGGCUGAAAUAACAUACGGGCAGAAGGUGAUGGAAAAAGAAACUGAGAAGCGAAUCUCUGAGAUUGAAGAUGCUGCAUUCCUUGCUAGAGAGAAGGCGAGGGCAGAUGCUGAAUGUUAUACUGCUUUGAAGAUGGCAGAAGCCAACAAGCUAAAACUGACUCCAGAAUACUUGCAGCUCAUGAAGUACAAAGCAAUUGCCACCAACAGCAAGAUCUACUUUGGCAAAGAUAUUCCAAACAUGUUCAUGGACCACGCUGGGACUCCCACAAAGUCUUCAGAAGGACCCACAGAGGAGCAGAGAGAUGAAAACUGGCUAGGAGCAGGGGAGGGUUUGUGAAUCUUGAGUCUGGCCAACGGGGCAACCUGAUCUUUGAAUGAAUGGAACUGACGCCUAGCGCCUCUCCUCAAUGUGAUUUCUUUCUCUCUUCUGGGAUGUCGAAGAAGAGCCAGGCAAAGCUGUGCUUUUUUUAAAAAAAGGUGUUGGGAGGGGGGAGGCAGGCUGGUUUGUUGGAAGCACAUAAUGGGGCAGCUUCCUGACUUAUUUCUCAGCAGUCAGAUUCACUGUCAUGUUUGUGCUCGUGUGGAUAGAGAAAGCAACACUGAAUCACACUAAGAGGCUGCAGCAUUUACCUGAUGGACUCUGCAGCCAAUCAGUUUCAUUGCAGUUGAAGAAGGGGAGCCGUUUCUUGCUAGAAACUGUUCUUUCCUCUGGCAGUUGUGCACAUGUUACAAGUCAAGUCCAACAGGUGGGUGAUAAGCAUCUUACCCAGCAAAUUCAGCAAUCGGAAGGAGUUUCUUUCUCUCUCUCUCUCUCUCUCUCUCUCUCUCUCUCUCUCUCUUUUUCUCUCCUUUCUUACUGGUCUUUGAGUGCUUGAUGUAGCCCAAAUUUGAUAAUAUGCACACCAGCUAGAUACCAACUACAUGUCCUUCCUGGAUUAUUAGGAUUCAUGAGCAUGCUGUCCAACCGUUGGAUUUUACCUGUAGCAUAUAUGUUGACCCCAUUCCACCCUCAAAUAAAGGUGCUAUGUUUUGAAUUAAAACACACAGAGACACUACAGAUUCUAGAUUUUGGCUUGUGUUGUGGAGCAUUAAAUAUCAGCACACUAAAGGGGUGUCCAAAUGGUGCUUAUUUCAGGAUGCAUCCAUAUGGUACAUCUGAACCCCACAGUCCACCAUCCUCUCCUGAUGUGCUGAUAGGGACAAUCACAGGACCAGUGUUGGGUGGAAUGCAGGCUUUGCCCUCACAGUAAUGGUCUGUCUAAGUGCAGCUGUCACAGGGGAAUAAGUUACCUUUUCCAGGAAUGUUACUUCUGCACGAGAGAGCAUUGGUCAGCCAGAUGGACACCCUGCAUUCGCAAAUUGACCCUGGCUUGCAUCCCUCUUUCUAGACCAUGCAUGCAAAACUGUGCAUCCAUCAAGCCAAGCUCACCAGCCAUGUAAUCAUGGCCUACUAGAUGUUAUACACACACACACACACCAAGUUCCAAUUAAUUUACUAAGACCCUAGCAGGCCACUGUACAUGGCUUGUGUUUCAGCUUGGCAAAUCUCUAGUUGCACACCUGUGUUCUAGAUUGUAAACCAGCAGCCAGAUUCUCUGUUUCCCUCAGCUUCAUGGGUGCAACUGUGCUAGUCCAAAUAUUUCAGUGUCUUCCUAGAGGAAGGCAUUUGGUGGAUUUCCACCCCAUGCUUGCUCAUAGCAAAGGUUUCCAGCGGUGAAUAGCAUUACUUUGUACUCAUUCUGACCUCAUUUUUAGCUCUUGCAGGGUUGCUUUUUGAAGUGAUCCUUUGAGUGAUGCUUUGGGGGAAUUAUUUUUGAAUUGGCAUCAGUGCAGUUGUGGAUUUUUGUCCUGGGGACAGCCCUGUGAGCUGCCUUCAGCUUAUGUAGUUGCAUCCAAGUUCUUCCAUUAGCAGUAAACUCUUCUUCAGAUGAUGCCCUUGGUUAGACAGUAAAUGUCAAACCACUUCCUCUAGAAUACUCCCGUUAGUGUUUGUUCUAGAAAUGGUUGUUCCAAAGCAGCUGGCAGGCUUUGAUUUAGAGGUGGGCUUUGCUUUGUUUCCCUGAUAACUCUGCCAUCUUACAUUAGUCUGUGCUAUAAGUGUGUUCAGUAUGAGGAGUGUAAUGGGGAAACUCUGACCCUCCAGAAGCUGUUGAAUUCCCAGUUCCCAUCAGCCCCAGACAGUGUGGCCAGAAGUCAACAUCUAGUAUCCCAUUGUUGUGUUGAGAUAUUCGGUGACUUCUAUUUUCCAGAGAUCAUAUUAAGCGUAUGCACCUUGUAGACCUUGGAUUCUAUCCAGUGCUAUUUCUACUCAUAGUGCGCCCACUGCAAUUAAUAGAGAUGGCGAACUUAGGGCCCUGGAUUUUAAUGGGUGUUCUCUUAAGUAGGUGUUAGUUGGACGCAGCUCCUUAUUAUCAGCCCUCAAUACAAUGCCAGUGGGUAUAGUCAGAGUAAGAAGACCUGGAAGCCUAUUACAUAACCUUGAUUAGUUACACACAAAAUUGGCUGUGUAGUCAAGGCCUUCAUUCUUGCAGUGUGUGAAACUUCCCUUUGACAUGACAGAUAAGUGGAUUUUGGAGUUGUUGGUUUGUUAUCAGGCCUGUCCAGUGACACCCUUGUCGACAGGUUCCUGGCUUUCAAAAUACUCAUUGUGUCUUACAGCUUGCUGCUCUGCGUUUUAAACAUGGCGUGGCCUCUUUCGUAAAUGGGGCUGAGAUGCAAAGAAACACUAAGCUCUGGUCUCCAAAGUACUUAUCGCUCCUCUAUUUUUGCUUCCAACCAUAGUCCCAUUCUUCCAUACCAGGUUAGUACAGAGUAACAGCUACACUUAAUAAGGCAUCAUCUUGCUAAGCUCUCCUCUAUAUCUGCCCCAUAGUUGGGCGCGACAUCACAAUUAUCCAGCUUCUACUUCAAAACUUGUUUUGUUUAUGCAUAACAAAGGUCAACCACAAAAGCUUUCUGCUUUGCUUCUUGCUAUCUCCCUAGUUCUGAUUCUGCAAAUGCCCUGGAAUAAUUUUUGAAUGAGGCGUUACAGAUUUCUGGGACUAGGGCUGAUGUGAAUGCGCUUUUUAAAAUUAGUCUGGUUGUCACAAUUCCUGGCUUAAUGGGAUGCUUGCCAUAGGUCUGUCUAAAAGGGUGGUUUGGACAGUCUGCUAGACUAUACUGUGGUGUGCUGUGCUCUUGCAAGAUGACUUUAGAAGUGAACAGCAACCAUAGUCUACUUCUUCCUUUUGCUUUCUUAACUUGUCCUUUCAAUAUGCAAGUAGGGCAGCAUCCCGAAACUGCAUUUUUGUAAAAUGGGAAUAAUAAGUUGUGAGUCUGCAGUCCCCAAAUGGGCUUAGAGAGUCCCAGACACUUAGCCAGAUGUGCCUUAGAUUUCUUUCUGAUGGUUCCCACAUUACAAACCACAGGUCUCCUUGGCCUCCCCCACCCCACUGCUUUCUUGUAUGCAUCUUCCACGUGCAAAAUAGAGCCCCCCCCCAAUUCCUCUUGGAGUGAAAGGAGAUCCAGAUUAUUGAUGCUCCCAAGGUGUGUGUGUGUGAUCCACUCAAGAUGAAAGGUACAGUCCUUGGGAACCUCUUUUAAGUGUAACAUUACAAGCCUGUCUGAUGGUGAUGUAUAGUCAACACCUAACUUUGAAAACAGAAAAAGCUGUACUGUACUCUGUCCUGUGGUGACUCGUAUUAGGCUUAGUUUCCAUUGAGGUAGUAGAACCUGCAUUGGGGCUUCAUAUUGUAGGUCUGGCUCAUAUGAUUGCUGCUCCAUAUAAAAACAAAUCCUUUUAUGCCCACCUAGCACGUCUAGGGGGAUGUGAAGUUGACAUUCUUUUCCUUGACAUGCUAUUCUUCUAAGUGCAGGUUUUAAUUUUAAUGGAGGAGCAAGCAUGUGAUCCCUCACCUGCAGUCUCAAGUGGUACAUUCCAGACAAACGUUGACAACGUCUGUGAAACUUUGGCCCUCUUUUGAACUUUAGUGGGUUUGUGCUGAGCAUUGCAGGCGCUAAGGGAGAUGUUGACCUAUGUGAUAUGCAAGUAUUUCUUAAGCAAAUGCUUGAAAGAUUGUGGUGUUCUGUUUAGCAAGCCCCACAUGUCCAUUAGAGGACCACAUACUAAGGCACGGCAUUGGGGAUUGAAAACUACAUUGAGUUCAUGCUGCUUGCGUGGGGCAGGAGGGCUGUUCUGUUGAGAUCACUGAAAAUUACAGCAGUGAUUUGAAAAUUGCAAUGUCUUUUAAUGUCCAUAAGGUGAUUUUACCAACCACUGGACACCUUAAUAAAUAACUUGAUAUAUGUCCGUCCAUGCCUCUUGUAACAUGAGAAACAGGAAGUUGAGUCUGAUUGUCCUAGGAACUUGCAAUGUAUGUCUUGAUUCCCUUUCCCUCAAAGCACGUUUCUUUCUCACACUUGACCUGAGCAUCAGGAGGUACCCAUUAACUUCUUAAUAAGUGAAGCAACCUUGAUAUAGGCGUAUGUGUGUUGUUAAUGUAUCUGUGAUUCAUCCGUGUUUUUAAAAUAUUAAACAUGGAUGGCAGAAGACAAACUUUCACAAUGAAAUUUGGUAGAAGGUACGAGAGAGAAGAAAGGGGGACCUUUGCUAAUAAAUAAACCUAUUUCUGUCUAAUGAUUUGCUUUGCUGCCUUCUCUUUUUUCUCCCCUCACCCCAGCGUGAUCCACCAGCCAGGCAAAAUGCAGUUUCUAGCCUCCGAGCUGAAGCUAGGAAUUGUUUUUGUGGCACACACCUGAGCUGAUAAUGUCAAACCUGUCUAUUUUCCUUUUGCAUCAGAGUGCUAAGUGAUUAUCCAAAAUCCAGAAUGAGUUAAGCUUAAACAUCUGCUCCAGUCUUGCUUUUGGACUGGUUACUUUAUUGCUGAACUUGAGUGGCUAUUUGUCUGUGACGUGAAUAUGCUAGAAUCUACCUGAUGCUACAUGUCAGUUUCAUCAGGAAGUUACUAAGGGAUGGUUUCCGAAGCACUAAAGCGGAAUAGGUAGACACUGAAGUGUGUAUGUAGCUCUUUUCACAUCAUCCUUGCAGUAAAAUUCCUGUCUAGUAUUGUGUCAGAUGCUGGAAUAGAAAAAGACACAAUUCCCCCCCUGGCUUUCAUACUAUCACACUUUGCAGAUAGUAUUAUGCAUGUAAAAGAAUGUAAAAAUUAAGUGGGAAAAUGUUUAUAUUAGACUUGUGGGAUCCAAUUCCUGAUUUUUUUUAUUUUUGAUCCUGCUGAAAGGGUGGGGGAUAUUUUCUUACACAAGCUUUUUUUAACUAGCAAAAACUAGAUACCAGCAAAGCCAAAGUGUAUUAUAUGACUUCUUUUAUAUGACUCUGAUGUAAAAAGAUUGGUUAGAAUAACUUAGUCUUUUGAUUCUUUUUAUAUAUAGAGAGAAGUUCUCUAAAGAAAACUUAAAACCACUAUUCAAUAAAGAGCAGCAAAUAUUAAUGUGAAUAAAGAAUUAAGGUGUAGAUUUCUCCUGAUAAAACAAUUAAAUUCUUUCCAACCUGUUAGGUACUGGAAAUGCAAUUUAACAAGAUUUUUGUUGUUUUAAGUGUGAUUGCUGCUUCAUGGAAAUGAGAUAGAUGCCUUUUCUGAAAUGCUCUUUGGGCUCUUAGGAAAUAACUUUUUUAUAAUUCCUUUUUGUAUGUGCAUUGAACAAAGUAACACUGAAUAUAUUUUCCUCCUUUUUUCUGUGUGCAAGCUUUGCAAAGAGGAUGUGAAUUCUUAAAACAGAUUUUCUUAAUGAGGGUGAAAUGGUGAAUAUCACUGUCUUGGCCAUCAUCCGUUCAAAUAUGCUGCUGUCUUUUCUGACUCUCUUGGAAUGUUUUCAAUAGCAAUUGUGUAUCACAUUAAAACCAGCCUGUAUGUUUCAAUAUUGUAAUGAAUAAAAUGUUCUUCACUUUUAA